GGGAAAAGGAGAGUUUUCAUCAUAAAAGGAAUAUUACUCCAUGAGUCAGCAGAAAAGGAAAACUAGAGAAAGGAAAGCCGUGGUCCUCGCACCUGACAGCCCUUCAGAACAUGGGGCAGGUUUCCUUCCUGUCAGCGGCUUCCGAAUCUGUUCAAAGAGCUUUCCCAUCGAGGCGUAAUGAGAGAUUGGAAGGUGCUGCAGGGGUACCCCUGCUCAGGCGGAUGUUUCCAUUCCUGUCAUUUACUGUGGCUGGGCUGGAGCCCACCAGUCAUUACCGGAUGUUCGUGGACGUGGUCUUGGUGGACCAGCACCACUGGCGGUAUCAGAGCGGCAAGUGGGUGCAGUGUGGAAAGGCCGAGGGCAGCAUGCCAGGAAACCGCCUGUACGUCCACCCAGAUUCCCCCAACACUGGAGCCCACUGGAUGCGCCAGGAGGUUUCAUUCGGGAAACUCAAGCUCACGAACAACAAAGGGGCCUCCAACAAUGCCACUCAGAUGAUUGUGCUCCAGUCCCUCCAUAAGUACCAGCCCCGGCUGCACAUCGUGGAGGUGAACGAAGGAGAGCCCGAGGCGGCCUGCAGUGCCUCCAACACGCAUAUCUUUACUUUCCAAGAAACCCAGUUCAUCGCCGUGACGGCCUACCAGAAUGCCGAGAUCACUCAGCUGAAAAUUGAUAACAACCCCUUUGCCAAAGGAUUCCGGGAGAACUUUGAGUCCAUGUAUGCAUCUGUGGACACCAGUGUCCCCUCCCCGCCUGGACCCAACUGUCAAUUGCUCGGGGGAGACCACUACUCUUCGCUCCUACCCAACCAGUACCCCGUUCCCAGCCGUUUCUACCCCGACCUUCCUGGCCAGGCCAAGGAUGUGGUUCCCCAGCCUUACUGGUUGGGGGCCCCCCGGGACCACAGCUACGAGGCCGAGUUUCGAGCCGUCAGCAUGAAGCCGGCCUUCCUGCCCUCGGCCCCUGGGCCCACCAUGUCCUACUACAGAGGCCAGGAGGUCCUGGCACCCGGAGCUGGCUGGCCUGUGGCCCCCCAGUACCCUCCCAAGAUGGGCCCGGCCGGCUGGUUCCGCCCCAUGCGGACUCUGCCCAUGGACCCGGGCCCUGGUGCUUCCGAGGUGCGGGCGCUGGAGGACCAGGGCUCCACCUCGCUGUGGACGGACAUCGCCCUCGUCCGGCCGGAGUCCGGGGAUUCGGGACUGGGCGAAGGAGACUCUAAGAGGAGACGUGUGUCCCCCUAUCCUUCCAGUGGCGACAGCUCCUCCCCUGCUGGGGCCCCUUCUCCUUUUGAUAAGGAAACCGAGGGCCAGUUUUAUAACUAUUUUCCCAAUUGAGCAGAUGACUUGGUUGGAGGACGCCAACUAACGUAGACAACAGACUCAGGACUGAGCGGUCCCCAGCUCCCUCUGUUCCUUCUCCUUUUGUAGUUGGUGGGGAAAGGGGGGGGGGCAAAAGAAUUCUGGGGUUCACCGGCUGCUCCUUGGCCCAUGGUGAAACCUGGAAGGAGUGUUCCUUCCCCUUCCUGUGCCCUAACUACAGUCAUUUACCUGGUGCUGCUUCUGGCUGCGGGCUCCCAGCUGGAGAACAGAAAACAGAACAAGAAGG